AUGGAAAUGUUGGACUCGGCUGAUUUUAGGAAACUGUUGAAUGACCGUCUACGAGCAUGCUUGUUCUCUCCAAACCUCACAGCUUAUGUGACAGAUCUGGGAGACCACAUUUUUGAAUUUUUGGAGAAAAACCCGAAUGUCUUCAAGUUCAAACAGGAAUUCCUUCACGAUCCCAAAAUAUUUACUGACAUUGGCAAGAGGAAACAUAAAACCAAAGCUAAGGACCAGCAUCCAGAAGAAACAGGAAAUUGCCACUUUGACAAAAGCACUCAUUCUGCCGGGAAUGAUGGAGAUAACUAUGGCGCACCGGGUGAGGAUUGCCUUCUUAGAUUAUUGCAUCACAAGGCUCCAACCAAGACACUCCCCAUGACCAUGAAGAAGCCAGUAGUGACAAUGUUGCUUGGGGGGGUUCAGGAACAUGGAAAGAAGGGGACUAGUUCUACUGAGGAAUGGGAAGAUAAUGUAAAAGAUGAUUUCACCCUUGUUACAACUUCUUCACUGAAACUCUCCAAGUCAACAUGGCAACCUAUGCUGAGCCAGGGAGACUGGUCCCUCCGGUUGACACAUCAUUUGUUUUCGGGUGCAGCAAGCAACACUGCAGAUGCCUUUUCAAUACCAUCUUAUGGUAAAGCAGAGUGGACACCUCCCACCUGCUCAGAGUUCAUUCAGCCUAAGCAGAUUGAGACCAGGCCUUUGAACAGGCUGGAAACUGAUAGAGUGAAUCGCGGUGCACAGGCCAACCUGCAAGAGCAGAGAAUACAAGCCCAGCUUAAUACAGAACGGCAGCAACCCUCCUUAACAGUAAACAAGUUCCACUGGUACUCAAAAUUACAAAUCCUCCCAGCAAGACACAAAUUUUGGAAUUUGGCUCAGAUGCAACGAGAAAAGAUCUACUGGAUAUAUCCCCGGCUUAGCCAGUUUUCAAGAUUAUUGCCACUUUGGGUGCAUCAAGGACAGCACAGCUGUCCAACUAUCACUUCACCAGUCACAUUGGACAACCCAAAAUUCAUGUCCGAACCAGCACAUAUACCCCAAACCGCAGUCAAUUCUACGCAAUAUGACUCGGUCAAUCUCACUGGUAUAAUACCCACAUCUGGCUUCCACCCAAACCUUUUUGAUGAAGUCAUCCAAAACCUUUGCAAUUGUUGCAACAAGGAGCAGGUUCAAAUCAUAGCUGAAAAUGUAUUUGGCAUAGGGUUUAUACUUCCCCAUGAAUACACACAGCUCCUUGCAGAAUCUUUGUUAGAUGCCAAUGACUUUUGCCCAACUAACCCCAAACUAGCACUCCAGGACCCACCAUCUGCUAACAAACACCAAAAUUUAGCGCAAGAUUUGGCACAACAUUGUCAUAGAACUUUUACAUGGAAAUACUGGACACCUUUUGCAAUAUCAUCAAAAAUUCUGCUGCCACAGUUGCCUACAAUCACACCUGCUACUUCCCCCGGAUCUGCAAGCCCCACCACUGCACAGGCCACUCAACUUAACAAAUGGCAGGCAAUACUAGAUUGGGAUUUGGGUAAUUGGUAUGAAGGAAUCCUAGUAAACCCCCAUGAAACAAUACAAUCACUGGUUAUAUUCCGGGAUGUUUCCCCUGGAUGGUAUAUCGUGCAAGUUACAGCGGUCAAAUUUGUGAACCUCAGACUCACAUACUAUAGAAAUGGUUCAAUUAAUCUGGAAACUAACAAUUCUCACCAGCUGCUUCAAUGGGAUCCUAAUAUUGGGUAUGGUAUUUUCCAUCAGCGUACCAAUGCACCCGAGUUGAGUGACGCCCCUUCCUGCACCUGUGCCAAUGACAGGGACUAUUACCAGAUGUUUUUGAACCAGAAGUCAACACAAUUCAUGGAGUGGCAUGAAGAGGCUGGAGACUGGCUUCCCCUCCAUCAUGUCACCAAAAAAACUGUUGCCAACCUUAGUGCAAUGCAUUAUAUUUUGAGGAGUACACAAAUGAUACUCAAAGACCCUUUUUUCUCAAUAUUCUUACCAAUAGAGGUUCUCAAAGAUGUAGGGAUUUUAGUGGGCACAUUUUGA